CUCUAGCCUAAGAAUUGAUGAAGUCAAGAUAAUCAAGAUGACAAACGAACCUAUUAAAGAGAUCCUGGGUGCCCCAAAGCAUCCUGAUUCUGUAACCACGGAGAAGAGUAAUAACAAUGACUGUGUGAUAACCACCAUCCCCCUUGUCAGUGAAUGCCAGCUGACUGCAGCAACAGGGGGAGCCGAACUCUCCUGUUACCGCUGUACCAUUCCCUUCGGUGUGGUUAUCCUCAUAGCCGGCAUUGUGGUUACUGCUGUGGCAUACAGCUUCAAUUCCCAUGGAUCAAUCAUCUCAGUGUUUGGCUUAGUCCUCUUAUCAUCAGGACUGCUUUUGCUGGCUUCUAGUGCAGUAUGCUGGAAAAUCAGGCAACAAAACAAGAAAGCAAAGAGGCGGGAGAGCCAGACAGCGCUUGUGGCAAAUCAGCGAACCUUGUUUGGUUAA